AGAACCAGCGGUUUACGCACCCCAAAGAACAUCUGAUCAAAACAAUUCGAGCACUUGAUCACACAACCACAGGUGUAAUCCGCGGAUUGUGAAUGUUUCUGGCGGUAUUCUAGGACACCAAGUGCCGUGUUGACUGUCUUCUUUGAAGCUACGAUGCGAUGGGGAAUUGCUAUGAUUGCUUGAGUCCCCAGGAACCGGCAACAACUGUCGUAACACCAGACGAGGAAACAAGGAGACAGCAACAAGCAGAAGCUGCAGCACGCCAGCAGCAACAGGCUGAAGGCAAAGGAAUAAAAGACCCAGAGAGAUUAAAGAGGCAGCAACAGAAGAGAGAAAAUGCAGAGAAAGCCGCAAAAGCUCAGGGGGAGGCAGGGCUAAGGUGGACAGUGGGAUAAUUCAAACUUCUGAUGAUAAACAGCCAGUCAUUAUAGUCUCAAAUUUGUCUUUUUAUUGAGAUUUUUUUUGUAAAGCUUAAAAGCAACUCUUUCACUUUCUUUUUCAUUAAAUAAAUAUACCACACACUUUUUAAAAAGUAUUGUACAAAAUAUAAAUUACUUAUUUCAAACACUCUCUAGGUGCAAAGAUGUAAAACAGUUACUCCAAAAAUAUAAUUAUUUUUUUUAGCUUUGAACAGCUGUCUUCAAAAAAAGUAUUUGGGGACUUAAGCAAGGAUGAUGGCAAUGGGAAUGGCAUUGGCAGAAAGCAAUUGAAAAUUUGAAGACCUAGACAUGAAUACACUCUAUCUAAUGCAUGUAAUCAGUUUUCCUCCAAAAUAUAACAUGAAAAGGUUUCACUACCUACAUCAAUUUAAUUGUACGCUAAAAACCAUACAAUCAUUGUUUGUUAGAAAUAAGGUUCUUGACUCAUCUUUAUGUUUUCUGGGCUAUAAAAGUUGCAUUUAAAAAAAAAUUCAAAACUAUUUACUAAGCAAGAUCAUUUUAAGUGUCAUAUUCUUCCUUCUUGCCAUCAUAUUUGCUUAAUUAUGUCCUUAUUGUCUGACAGAAAGGAUCACAAUAAAUAAAACAAUUGUAAUCUUUACAAGCAUAUUAUUGACAACUUGUAGUUGACACCUCAAUAAAUAUAAUCAAACAC